UAAUUCUGAGCACUCACCAGGUGUUUUGCAGAUCUCUAGUGACAAUAGCUCUGCAGGGAGAGGAAUGAUCAGAGCCCAGGACAGCGUUAUAACCAAGCUCUGGAGAGCUUCACAAGAGAGUACAGGCAGAAUACAGCAGUUUAGCAGAGCUAAUGUAUUUGUUGUGCAGAGGGCGGGUAUGGAGAGCUUUUUCUUUCACUUUCAUUUUACUGAAGAUCCAGGGGAUUACCAGCUUCAUUUUGUUCAUUAGAGAUACAGCUUCAUAACCUGUACGGGACAGACAAGGUGCAUCUGACAGACAGCAGACACCGGACAGGUUUCCUCCAUCAUGCAUUUGCUCUGGAUGUUCACCUCCUUCGUCCUCCUAGAUAUUACCACUCUUAGCAUUGGGAGAGUAUUCGUCAAUGACUUCCCGGGCCUUGAUAGCCCCCUCCUCCAGACUUGGUUGGUGAGUCUGGUACGGUUGGUGAUCCUGAACUUGAGUGUUUGUCUGAUGAGCUCUUACUGCAAGAUACCCCUAUGGCUACAGGGAGAAGUACUUCCCUUGUCUUGUUCAGUUCUCAGCCUCUUGGUUCCUUCAAGCGUAACAUUAAGCGCCCUACUCUCACCACAUAACAGCGCAGAGGUUUUGUAUGGCUGUUGGUGCUGGGACCUAUUUAUAUUGAGUUAUCUGUUCACUAUGACCUCAGCUGUUCUGUGGCAUAAUCUCUUUCCCAAAUUUGAGAAGGAAAACAUAGAGGAGAAGACUUCAGGUUCAGUGGGGAGAUUACUUGUCCUUUUGCGGCCCUACAUUCUCAGAUUCCUACUGGUGGCAGUUUUUCUGGUACUCUCGUCAUGGUGGGAGAUGGCCAUACCCACUUAUACAGGGCGUAUGACAGACUGGAUCCUCAACAAGGAAGACCCUUCAGCCUUUAACAGAGCCAUCACCGCUAUGAGUAUGAUCACAAUAGCUAGUACUGUGACCGAAUUUUUCUGUGACUGUCUCUACACCAUUACUAUGAGCAAGAUACACACUUGCACCCAAGGACAGUUGCUUCGAUCUAUCCUGAAGCAAGAAAUUGCAUUUUUUGACUCAAUAUCUACAGGUGACCUUAUGUCUCGAGUUACUACGGAUACUGCUGCAAUGAGUGAAAGUCUGACCAGUGAUUUGAGUCUUCUGAUGUGGUAUUUUAUGAGAGCCAUCUUCCUCAGCUAUUACAUGCUUAUUUUGUCCCCAAAGCUGACACUCUUUACAAUCCUGUGUCUUUGUGUCAUCACACUAGUGCCAAAGCUUAUGGGCAACUUUUAUCAGAAACAAGCUGUGAAAGUCCAAGAAUCUCUCUCUAAAGCCAACCAGGUAGCUAUGGAAACUAUUUCUAACAUGAAGACUGUCAGAAGUUUCGCUAAUGAAGAAGGCGAAUGUCGACGCUAUGAGUCAAAGUUGCACGACACCUUCCAACUCAACAAAAGAGAAGCCGUUGCCUAUGGAUGUUCCAGUUUAGCCAACAGUAUGACCAGUCUGGCUCUGAAAGUUGGAAUUCUCUAUUUUGGGGGUCGUCUGGUGACCCGUGGAGAGGUCAGCGGAGGCAGUUUGGUGUCAUUUGUCCUGUACGAACUUCAGUUUACUUCAGCAAUAGAAGUGCUAAUGAGAUUUUAUCCCGAUGUCAAAAAAGCAGUGGGGUCUUCUGAGAAGAUCUUUGAGUACAUGGACCGGAUCCCCAAGAUAACCCUUUCAGGAAAUCUGACUUCUACCAUAAAAGGACACGUCCAAUUCCAGAAGGUCAAAUUUGCUUAUCCCACACGUACAGAUACUCUGGCUCUACAGGAUGUAUCAUUUGAACUUCGACCAGGUGAAGUUACAGCUUUGGUUGGCUCUUGUGAUGCAGGAAAAUCCACCAUUGUGCAGCUACUGCUGAGGUUUUAUGAACCACAAGCUGGUAAAAUUCUUCUAGAUGGAAAGCCUUUGUCAGAAUAUGAAAACAGUUAUUACCGGAAGAAGGUUACAGUGGUGAGUCAGGAGCCAACUCUCUUUGCCCGUUCCUUGCAAGACAACAUUGCCUAUGGGAUUGGUGAUGUACCUUGUGAUACUGUGAAACAAGCCUCUGAAAUGAUGAACGCUCACGGCUUCAUAGAAAGCAUGGCUGAUGGAUAUCGCACAGAUGCUGGACAGAAAGGUGGUCUUCUCUCUGGGGGGCAGAAGCAGCGUGUGGCCCUGGCAAGAGCUCUGCUGAGAGAUCCUCAGGUCUUGAUUCUGGAUGAUGCCACAAGUGCUCUGGAUACAGAGAGUGAGCAUAAGGUGCGGAGCACGCUUUUUGAUGGCCCUCGACAUAGGACGGUACUGAUCAUUUCUCACAGGAUCAGCAUGGUGGAGAAAGCAGAUCAGAUAUUAGUCAUGGAAGGUGGUCGUAUCGUGGAGCAGGGGAAGCAUGAAAGGCUAUUGGCUAAGAAGGGCAGCUACUGGAAACUAUGGGACAAAAAUCUCAGCAGUUUCCAAAGGAAACAAGAAACUACUGAAAAUCUGUAGGGCGUUGGCCCCCGAUAAAUUAAGCUGUGUCCCAACAGAUCCCAUAAUGCUCAGUUUGUCUUUAUGACAACAUGAUCACAAGACAUUUGUUGCUGUCCCAAAUAACAUUGUUAACUUAUGGAUUUAAUGUCCUAAAUGGUGCCACGGGUGUCAUAAAAUGUGUUGUCAUUGGGCACAAAAAAAAUAUUUUGAAGACUCCAUAAUUAUUAGAAAGAUUGUAGUUCUAGAUCAUGUUUAAUUUAUUAUGGACCUUCUGGUGAAGGACAUUGUACUUGCUUUACUUCAAGAUCAUAUCUAAUUUAUUAUGGAGCUUCUGGUGUAGGACAUUGUACUUGCUUUAGUUCUAGUUCAUGUCUAAUGUAUUAUGGACCUUCUGAUGUAGGACAUUGUACUUGCUUUAGUUCUAGAUCAUGUCUCAUCUAUUGUGGACCUUCAGAUAAAGGACAUUGCACUUGCUUUAGUUAUAGUUCAUGUCUCAUAUAUUAUGGACCUUCAGCUGAAGAACAUUGCACUUGCUUUAGGUCUAGUUCAUGUCUCAUCUAUUGUGGACCUUCAGAUGAAGGGCAUUGCACUUGCUUUAGUUCUAGAACGUCUCAUCUAUUAUGGACCUUCUGGUGAAGGACUUUGCACUUGCUUUAGUUCUAGAACAUGUCUCAUUCUAUUAUGGACCUUCAGAUGAAGGACACUGCACUUGCUUUAGGUCUUUUCACACAAAAAAUGUGCCAGCUAUCCAAAGCACAAACUAAUUACAUAAUAUAGCAUAUAUUUAUGUAAUGAUUAUUUGUGCAAUAAACAUUGAAAUAUUUUAUUUUAAGUUAAUUUGUCUUAAAUUUUAGCUGGGUAGUGAAUAAAAUCAACCAGGUGGAACGACCAUUAAAAAAGUCCUUGGAGAAAACACAAUAUAUUCUACCUUAAUUGCACUAGUAUUUAAUUAAAGGGUUUUGAAACCUAAAAUGUUACUUUGUGAUUUAGACAGAGUACAACAUUUUAAACAAAGUUUCCAUCCAAUGUACUUCUAUUAUCAAAUGUGCUUCAUUCCCAUGAUAUUCUGCGUUGAAGAGAUACCUAGGUAGGCGUCUAGAGCACUACAUGACAGGAAAUAGUGCUGCCAUCUAGUGUUCUUGUAAAUGGAUAACAUUCUUGCAAAACUGCUGCCAUAUAGUGCCCCAGAAAUGGACCCGCUCCUAAGCAUUACGUCCCUGCUUUUCAACAACAGAUCCCAAGAAAAUGAAGAAAAAUUUAUAAUGGAAGUAAAUUAAAAAGUUGUUUAAAAUCGAAUGCACUAUCUGAAUCAUGAAAGGUUUGAGUUUUGUUGUGCUGUUCAUACGUUGUUAUGUUAGAUGUUUCCCUUGAUAUUCCUUCUACCAUUUGAACAUUUCCAUAGAACAAAUGUUAGCAUAUUAAUAACAAAUAUAACAUAUGAAUAUUUACUAUAACACUCAAAUAUUAACAUGGAAUAUUUGAAUUUAAAUGGUUUAUUUUAUUAUUUUUUUUAACUUUUGUAUAUGCUGUUUUAUCGUUGAUGCUUUGUUGUUUAAAUAAAAUAAGUAAUUUGUUUAAUAUA